UUGAUAAUAUUUUUUGGUUUUUUUCUUUUUGAGAGGGAGAAAUCACUUUCUUAUUCUUCUCUCUCUUGUGGUCAAUUAUUUUUAUUUUUGGGGGGCAUUGCUGGGUUUUGGUUCUAAGCAAGGGCUUGCCAAGCCCCUUCUGCAUUGUCCGUCAUGAAUAAAGUUUGUUGGCCUUACUUUGAUCCUGAGUUUGAUAGUCUCACUGAAAGAAUAUAUGGCCCACCUUGCCGAGUCAGCAUUGACAAUGAAAGCAUGGAUGGAUGCACAGUAGUGAAGGUAGAUAGUGUUAACAAACAAGGUCUUCUUUUAGAAGUGGUGCAAGUUUUGACGGACAUGAACCUUCAAAUCUACAAAAGCUUUAUUUCAUCUGAUGCUGGCUGGUUCAUGGAUGUGUUUCAUGUUAGAGAUGAACAUGGCAACAAACUAACCGACCAGAAAGUCAUCAACUAUAUCCAGCGGGCAAUAGGAAGAUCAAGAGGGUUUUCAUCUCAAUUAUCCUCACAAAGCAACAGCAUCAUCUAUAAUCCGUACAUGACCACAACAAAUUCCUACUCCUACGACAACAAUAAUGUCUUCCCAUAUGAUGACCACCCAAAUGAGCAGCAUACCGCCAUCGAAUUGACCGGAGCCGACCGCCCCGGCCUGCUCUCGGAGAUCUCGGCUGCCCUAACUGACCUCCAUUGCAACGUAGUUGAGGCUCAUGCAUGGAGCCACAAUGCCAGGCUGGCAUGUGUGGCCUACAUUUCAGAUCAAUCCACGGACACGGCCAUCGAUGACCCUAGUCGUCUGGCAACAAUCCAGGGUCAUCUCACCACGGUGCUUAGGGCAACUACAGACUCUAAUGACAAGGGUCUGGAUAGUAGCCCUAACCACCCUGAUGUGAAGACCUCGGAGUUUCUUGGUGGCGAAGGCACCAUGACGACCGUGGAGAGGAGGUUGCACCAGAUGAUGCUUAGUGUUAGGGACUUUGAGAGUCCUUCAACAAAAGAGAGAAGGAAGAGAAUGGUGAAGAUUGAAAGCUGUGAUGAAAAGGGUUAUUCAAUUGUGAGCAUAGAUUGUAAGGACCGUCCAAGACUCAUGUUUGAUACCGUUUGCACCUUAACGGAUAUGCAGUACGUCAUUUUCCAUGCUUCCAUUAGCUCCCAUGAAGCCUAUGCAUUUCAGGAGUAUUUCAUCAGGCAUAUAGACGGAUAUGCUUUGAACACAGCAAGCGAGAAGGAAAGAGUAAUUAACUGAUUA